AAAUAAUGACAGCCAUGUGUGAUUUCUCCGAUCUGCUGGACGAUGACUGUUUUACAAUGACUAAUAAUAAUACGAUGAGUCAAAAUAACCAAGAAGAAAAUGAUGUGCUCAGUGCUGCUCAAUUGUCUUUACAGACGGGUUCUGUAAUGCCUAUUCUUAAACAGGAAUUGAGGUAUUCAAUAUUAGUUCGGAGGAAUUCGGAAGGGAAAAGUGAGGUAGACACGCAACCUAUACUGAACACAUCAAACGAGCUGUCGGAAUAUGAGAUUGAAAAGAAAAAACGACGGAGAGAGCAAAAUCGUAAGGCAGCCUGGAGGUUUCGUCAGAAAAAUAGAAGUAAAAGUUCACAAUUAGAAACGGAUAUCCAAGCCUUAGUAAAAGAAAACGACAAAUUACGAAAGAUUCAGAAUGACUUGAUUAUUGAGAGAGAUAAUUUGUUAGAUAAAAUGAAAGAACAUUUUCAGAUCUGUAAUUUUCGUCCUGUUGGUUUACAAUGUGAUUUGAAUUUAUUAUUUUCAAGGCAUUAAGCUCGAAUAUAAAAUUCAAUGAACAUAUAAACCAGGUGUAUUUUAUAGUUAUUUUUGUAAAAUGUCGUGUUUUGCAAAUAUUGUGCUUAGUAAUUACUGCUUUGUAAAUAUUGUGCUUUAUAUAUAUAUCAUGCUUUGUAUAUAUCAUGCGUUUGUAAAUAUUGUGCUUUGUAAAUAUUGUGCUUUGUAUAUAUCAUGCUUUG